CAGUCGCUCCUUUCGGUUUCUGCCUCAUUUCCGCCCCGCCCCCUUCCCCUUUGUCUUGGGGGUCGGCAACGGUUUUCGAACGUUGGGAGCGCGAACGUUCGAAACUCCCCCGCCCCCCGCGGAGCUCGGUUGCGCCUGCGCAGAAGGGCGCUUGGGGAGGCGAUGAGCACCACUGGGGGUGAGGUGCGGAAGCCAUGGCGGGCCCGGAAGACCAUGACCGUGAGCAGCCGCAGCCAAAUGGAGGCCCUGAAGAAAGCAAAGGGAGGAGGAGGUGGUGGUGGUGGUGGUGGAGGAGGAGGAGGAGGACCAUUGGUCGCGGUGGCUCCCGAGGGCCCCGAAGCCAAGUCGUUCCUGGACGCCAAGUCUUUGCAGGGCCUCCUGUGCCACUGGUACAAAGACGAGGCCCAGCGUUCACUCUGCCCGUCCCAGGAGGUCAGACCGGAGGUCCCUCUUCCUGCCAGAGAGGCGCCAACCUUCGAGAGGGUGACAGAUGUCGGCGAGGCAGCUCUGGGCGAAACUGUUAAAGAAAUUCACCAGAGGAAGAAGAGGCCACGGCUGGAAGCAGGCAAGGAGGCCUUUCCCCAACCCUUGAGACCCUCAAGCGCUGGAGCCAGAGCAGAGAGAUCAGAAUCAGAGGAGUCAGAGGUGGAAAAGGUGAAAGGCUUCAUUCAAGAGCAGCUGGCCAUUUCAAUGGAGGCUCUGGACCACCGGCUCCAGGAUUUGCACAAACGGAUUGAGAGCACACAGUGCCUCCGGAAACAUGAAGGCAUCAGCAUUAAAAUCGUGAAGCGAAUCUCUAAGCUGGACAAACACCUCAACCAGGCAGUAACCGCAUUGUCUUCCAAAAUCAACCGCCUGGGAUCCCAUUCCCAGAACAAACCAUCAAAAGGUGGGACGAAGAGCAAGAGGAUGCCGUCCAAAGAGCCGUCCUCGAAUCUCCGGGAAGUACCUCACACAGCCACUGAACAAUCAGAUGAUGUGGUUUGCCUGGACAACAACGUGAGCCAAAACUCCGCCACACAAGCCGUGAAUCCUACAGUUUCUACAGAUGUUGGGCAGAAGGAAACCUCUGCCAAUGUGGACGUUUCUGCCGCAGCUCCAGGCAGCUCCAAGAAUCUUUUUGUCAUCGACCUCACGGAAGAAGACAACAAGCUUCGCAAAGACGAAGACGCAAAGGGAAGGAGAAAUUCAACAGAAGAGAUUCAGACAUUGAACCCUCUUCAGCCUUUGCUGGAGGCGUCAAACCAGGGCCCAGGACACCUUUCCCGCCUGCCUCCCUUGCCAAAGGCCCGCUCGCAUCCCGGCCCAGUGGAGUGCUUCCAGGGCACCCUUCCUCCUCAGAAGCUGGCGCUGGCAGUGGCCUGCCUGGAGCGGCCCAAAGGCAUCGCCCUCCGGUGGGGCGUCCUGGACCCGGACCCCCUCUGUGCCUCCGUCGAGAGCUUCCACCUCUUCCUCUGCCAAGAAGAAGACAGCAAGAAGGGCACCCUCUCUGCCUGGAGGGAGACCCACUGCAUCCCGGCCGUCUCGCUCUCCAUGGCCUGCUCCCUGGCUGACUUUCCCCCCUCUACCUGGUGCUACUUUGCCAUGCGGGCCAAGGACAUCUAUGGGCGUGAGGGGCCCUUCAGCGAGGUACGCUCCGUCUUCACCGCAUAGGCCCUGAGGCACGCUUCUCCGCCAUGGCGCCAUUCAAGGUUCCUCUUCCCGUGGUCAAUGUUCUGGGUUGAGGUUCUUCCAGGAGCACGAGGUCAUGUUGUUACUGGUACCGUUAAAUCCACCCCAAGCUUUAGUCUGAACUUUAAAGGGUGGUGGGACUCAUCCGCUGUCCUCCAGUGGAAUUCAGACUGAAACCCAGAGCGGACCGGAACUCUUACCUCCCCAAUGACAUCUAACUCAAUGAUAACCAGAGCCCACGUUGCAUUAGAUGCCUUUUGAGAAGUAAGAGUUUAAUUCCGCUUGGAUUAUAUGCAUCGCCCAGACACUGGGGAUGUUAUUUCUUUGGUGCUAUAAUGCCCAACAUUCUCCAGGUAUCGGGGAAUGCAAUGCACAAAUGUAGUUGGGAUAGAGGUGAGAAAUGUGAAACAUCCGUCCGCUGGUGCGGAAAAAAUGUUGAUUUGUUUUGUUUUGUUUCAUACCAAAGUGCCUUUUAUGUUGGGGCUCUUUGCACCUUUGAGCACAGCAACCAAUGCACAGUGCACUAAAAGUCAAAGAGAAAGACCUGGCCUUUUCAAACUGCAAUUCCUGCUGAAGUCUUGUGCCAGGCCCAGCAUUCUCAUCCCGUGGCCUUUAGGCUCCAAAGUGCCACUUUCAAUGAGAAUAAUCCCAGGGUGGUUUUCUCAAAAUGUCGAAAUGCCCAUAAAUGUGAAUAUUAUAGCACUCCUUGAGUUAAAUACUGUGUGUAUCCCUUAAUAAGGGCGUUCUGCCUCAGUAAUUGCCCAACCUCCAGACAUUGUGGACUCCAGCUCCCAGAAUCCCCAGGCAUUUUGGCUGGAGACAGUCUGGACUGCCAAAAGGCCAGUAUAAUUCCAUGUGCUGGAAUAAGGGCACAGCUUCAGCAUAAUUACAUCUUUUACAGAUGGCCCCAACCCUCCUUGUAGGAGCUUUCCUUCUUGCUGGUGGAUUCUGGGAUUUGCAGUCCAGUAGCCUAGAAAGGCCUGGAUGGGAAGGAAGCGAAUAUAUUGGGACACUGAAAGCUUCCAUUUCAAAACCAGACCCAAAGCGCGAACACUGGUACCUUGUUCUUGGUAACUUUUAUUUCCAUAUACACCAGGGGUAUAUAUAUAUAUAUAUAUAAUACAAAACAAUAGAGGCACAGUCGGUAGAGUUAAAGCUAGCCAUUUUUUUUUGGGGGGGGGGGAUAGUCCAAAAUCCAGAAGGCCUGGCAGGUCUCUUGGGUGCUGAGUUCGAAAGGCCUUUCUUCUGGAUUAUUCCAGGCCAAGAUGAUGAUGCAAAGGCAAUCAGAAACAUGGGUUGGUUGCUGGCCGGCGGUCAGUGUUCUUAUGUUGAAGGAAGAUUUGGCAGAGUUCUCAGGUUCUGUUGCGCGACUGGCUGUUUUGCUCUCAGAUGUGACCCUUUCACUACUGUAUGUACAAAUAAAAGAGGCAGGUUUUGUUUCAA